UUUCUUAUACAGUUACGUAUGUAAGACUUGUCUUUCUCGAGAUCAGAAAAUUCACGCAUAACGAAGUACGAGUUCUGAACCCUUUAAAUUACCCUAAGCACUUGGCACUCUGACGUGCUAUGAAAAUAAGGGUCAGGAAGGGUAAAAUGAAUAAGUGACAUCUCAGUGACCUUACAAAACCAUUGCACUAAUUUAUAGAAGGGAGCGCCUUGACAAGAACAGCCACUAUUAUCUUAAAUAAAUUACUCUUUAUACUCAUUGUAAGUAUAAGAAUUAGACUAAAAACUAAAAGUCAUGCAUGCUCUUUCGUGUUUGAUGUUUCUCUGCUUGUGGACGUUCGCGUUCCAAUUCCUUCAAAGUACUCCUGACGAUUCGUUAAUAGUAUCGACAAAAUUCGGAGACGUUCGAGGAAAGAUCUUCGUGACGUCGAAAGGACGGAAAGUGGCAGGAUUCACGAAAAUCCCGUAUGCUCAACCUCCGAUCGGAAAGAAUAGGUUCAAGCCACCAAAAGCGCUCAAGCCUUGGAAAAAAACAUUGGACGCCACGGAAACCUCACCACUUUGCGUACAACCCACCCUGAGCAAACCUGGUGAAGGUGAAAUAAUAGGCGAGGAGGAUUGUUUGUACUUGGCCAUCUACACACCUCAGGUACCAACAAAGAAGGAGAGGGGUAAAUUAUUUCCUGUACUGUUUGUUAUACCUGGCGGUAUAUGGGAAAUAAACGGAGUGACGCGACCCGAGGUGGACCCAGAUUUUUACCUCAACAAGGAUAUGGUACUUGUGGCAUUGAACUAUAGAAUAGGAGCACUAGGCUUCCUAUCAACGGGUGACCUUGUGCUGCCAGGUAAUUGGGGAUUGAAGGACAUUAUCUUCAGUCUCAAAUGGCUCCAAGAAAAUAUCUCGAGUUUUGGGGGCGAUAAGAACGCCGUCACGAUUUUUGGAAAUAGCAAAGGAGGCGCUGCUGUUCAACUACUUCUUUACAACGAACCUGCUGUCAACGCCGGUUUGUUUCGGAAUGCUUUUUCAUCAGACGGUGUUCUGGAUGACGUUGGCUCGGUCUUUCCGAUCAAAAAUAUGACAAUACCAUCGAAACGACUUGCAGAAUUACUUGGCUGUCCCAGUGAGCCGUCACUCGCUCUUAUGAAAUGUAUGCAGACAAAACCAUUCAGGGAAAUUGUCAGAAACCAAGAUCAAGUGCGUCUUAACCCUGGAGUGCCCCCGCGGGUAGUUACACAAUGGGGUCCCGUUGAGGAGUCACCCCUGGCUGAGGACGCGGCGGUGUAUCCCGAUCUGGACAAUCCGUCUUUUCAGCCGACUCUACCCUGGGUGCAAGGCGUUAGCCUUUCAGCUGGCUCCUCAUAUCUAUCAAGAAUUUUUGAUGACAAAAGUCUGGUGGAUCGUCUAGAGCAAAACCCGCGGGAAAUAUUGCCCUUGUUGCUCCAACUGAAUUUCAAGUUUUGUCAAAGAGAUAUUCCGGCUGUAAUCAACGCAAUUAUAGAUUACUUCAUUGGUGAUCGUCCUGUUGACCGAAAAUCUGAGCGACAGCUAGCAAGAUUAUUCACUUGCUGGUAUUAUUUCAUGGGUGCGCGCCAAGCAGCUUUGCGGUAUUCUGGACCACUCUGGUUUUUCGAGAAUAUUUUCAAUCAGUCGGUGACGUUCAAUGAUCUCUCUAUGGCAGGCAUUAAAGAGAAACCGACUGAUCCAGAUUUCACCCUCGACUCACAACGGGAGAGGAUGCAGUUCCCUAAUCGAACAUUUUCGACGCAAGAUCUUGAGAACAUAGACAAGGUCAUCGAUAUUAUCUACUCAUUUAUGCUAUACGGCGAUCCAUCUACCGGCAGCGCCAUUCAAUGGGAUCGUGCCAGACUGCCUCUGCAGCUAAACUACUUACAUAUGGGAGAUGUAUACACCCAAGAAACUGACUUCUUGCCUGAAUGCGUUAAGUUUCUGGAGAAUUUGAAGACAAAAUAUCCAGCACACGGGCUUGUUGAGCCUCAAAAUUGCUCAGAACUUUGAGAUUCAUAACAUGAUCAACUGAUCAGCUCUUCGGCAAUAUCCUAUCCGCAGGGGAACUAGAGAAACAACAUUUUGCAUUUUUUAUAAUUUUUCAUCUCGAUGGCGCUUGUUAAAAAGAUAAAAUUUUUUUGGUCUAUUUUAGGAAUAUCCAGUACACGGGCUUGUUGAGCCACAAAA